CAGCCUUCAAACACUAAGCAUUCUUCAUUGACAUAACUUUCACACGUAUUCACGUGAUUUCUUGUUUGUCCGUGGUUCCAUGUAAUGAAAGGUGUCACCAUGAAGACCUCAGUAGCAGCCAUCUUUGCUAUCACCAUGGUGCUGAGCGUGCAAGCGGGUUACCUGUCCUGCGGGAAGGGCGAGGUGUGUCCUGAGGGUCAUUGUUGCAUGAUCGGCGGCGGCAGGUACGGUUUGCCCAUCUGUUCCCUGAAGGGUGUGAGUGGUGACUCCUGCCGGCCGAACAACCAACCACAGGACUUCUGGCUGUCCGCCGACCCGGGCGAUGAGGGUUCUCUGUAUACGGGCGUCUACACGUACGUCUGUCCCUGCCUGAACGGCCUACAGUGCGCCGAUGGAACCUGUACCUACUAGCGGGCGUCUCAGACGCUCACCGACUCACUGCGACAACUUCAUCAGCAUCAGUACGAAGACGCAAACUGGAAGAUUCGUUGUUUGGAAUAAUCAGAGGUUGUAAACCAGAGGCAACGUAAAAUACGUCACGGCAGUCACAUGGAAAAGCGCCAAUUCGACAAAGAUUUCAUCUCCAACAGACAUCACAGGUGCCACCACC